UCAAGGCAUUGUCCAUGAAGUGGGGACAAAUUGAUUUUGGGGGGAGAGAAUAUUUUUGUUCAUUCUCUGGAACCUCGUGGAUGUGUUGAGAAGUGUUUGUGGAGCGUACGGUCCAAUGAGAAAAUGGGGGACUCUACACAUUUGACGAGAAACAAGGAAGAGAUGUUUUCGAUGUCAUCGCUGGAGGCUGAAGACUCGGACGAUGUUACCAUCGAUGAUAGCGACGAGUCUCGAAGCUCGACAUCCGUAUCUGCCAUGUUUUCCUUUUCAGAGAGACAUUCCCAAAACUGCAACCUAUCAUCGUUAAAACAUGACAAGAAAACACUGCUCUCGAACAAGUGCAUGGAUGAAAAAGAGCUUCAAGCUUUAAGACUGAAAAUAAAUUCAAGAGAAAGGAGAAGAAUGCACGAUUUAAAUUCGGCUUUGGACGGACUAAGGGAGGUGAUGCCCUACGCACACGGGCCGUCUGUAAGAAAACUAUCCAAAAUCGCUACCCUGUUACUAGCAAAAAACUACAUACUUAUGUUGAACAAUUCAUUGGAAGAGAUGAAGAAACUAGUGAGUGACAUUUAUCAGAGCCACCCAAACAGACCAAGGGCACCACCCGCCGCCCAUAUACACCACUCGCACCACCUAGCGUCCCCACAUCCCCACCUCUUGUCUACAAUGACCCCGCUACAACAUCCAGUUCAUCUAGCUGAAGCCGAAACCAUCCGUGCUGGUUCUUCUAAGGAGGGACCCCUGACGCCAAUGCCGAACCCCCACGAGCGGCACAUGCUCUCACAUCGUUGGCCCGUGCCGUGCGCGUGCAGUCAGUGCAUGAUGGAUUCUAUGAGGAUGUCUUACGGAUCCAUGGCAACCAAGUACCCAGGGGCAACUUUACCUAGUCCAUCUUCAUUUCGGAAGUGACAAUAGAAUUUUUCAUGUUUGAAGAAUCUCUGUCAUUGUGCCAUUUUCACUGGUAAAAGAACGUUUUGUGUCUUUUACACAUUUUAACUUAAAAAACGAAUGUACUGUUUUGUCUUCAACAAUCGCAUUUUUGAAGGACAUAGUACUCUAUUUUUGUAUUUAAGGUGUAUAGUUUGGUCACUGACCAUCUUAUAAUUGUUGUAUCAUAUCAUUACAUUGUACAUAUGCAAAACAUAUACAAAACGCUUUGGAACCAUACUGGUAUAAAUUCGUGAAGCACGUACCUGGCAUCUGACGAAACUGCACUAUUUUAUGUUCAUGGUUUGUCAUGACAUGAUGUUAUGGCAUUUUAAUUUUGACUCAUUUGGUUAAAAAAAACCGAAAAUCAGGGCAAAAAAUCAUUUAAAUGUAAAAAAGAAACAAAUCUAAAAAGGAUAUUGUAUGUCAAGAUAGUAAUAAUAAACAGUUAUUUGUAAAUCGUCAGAUUUUGAUUUGGUAUGUAGAUAAUCCCCAAAUUUAUUUUUGUUAUGUUUCUCAUAAUUUUUUUUCAAAUAUCAAAAAGAAAUAUAAGAUUAACUCACCUUUAAUGAUUCAAAUUAUCAGUGAAUCAUGCGUUUGAAUCGCAUAUUUUAUUAGACUUACUUUAUGUCUGAUGAAUAAAGGGGGCAUACAUUG